GAGGAUCGAGGACUGCCUGCCCCCACUGGAGGACUCCCCGUCCAAGAGGUUCUCCCCCUCCAAGCGAAAGCAGUACUAUAUCAACAAGGCCAUCCGCAACUCGGACCUCAUCCCCAGGGCCAAGGGGCGCAAGAGCCUGCAGAGGCUGGAGAACACUCGCUACUUGAUGACGCUUCUGGAGCGAGACGAGUGCGGGAGCGAUGAGGGAGAGCUCGCCCACUCUGCCAGCCCGAGCAUCUUCACAGAGGCCUGUAACAACGAGACCUAUGUGGAGAUCUGGAAUGACUUCAUGAACCGGUCAGGAGAAGAGCAAGAGCGAGUCCUGCUCUACCUGGAGGAGGAGGCCAGGAAGAAACACAAGAGGAAGCUGCCCGUCAAAAACGAGGACAAAUGGAAAGAGCACCCUGCCUACACGCCCAAGGAGUGCUUCCAGCGCAUCAGCCGCCGCCUGCGCUCCACGCUGAAGCGGGGCCGGAUCCCCAUGGGCACGCUGGAGGGCCUGGAGGAGGAGCUGCUGGCCUUCUUCUCCGUCACCCCUCACUCCGUCUACACAGCGCUGAUGGACAACAGCUUCGAGCGACUCCUGCUCCAUGCGCUCUGCCAGUACAUGGACCUUGUCUCUGCCAGUUCCGACAUCGAAGGGAAACGUCAAAUGAAAGUGAGCAACAAACACCGCGUCUUCCUGCCCCCCGAGCUCCUGCUCUCAGACUACCUGGGGCAGAUGAGCUGAUGCCCCGCGGGACGCCCUGCCCCUCGCUUGGUGCGCCAAAGGCUU